AGCACCACAUUGAUUUUAUGUUCAGAACGGAUAAGUGGCUGCUGCAAGAAAGUCCGGCUCUCUAUCACACUGCCUGUUUAUAUACAAGGGGAGGAAACUGCAAGACCACAUUCAGACAACAAGUCUACAGAUGGAGAUGCUGGCAAGAUCCAAGGAUUUACCAGUUCUACGUUCACGCUGAAAUUCCAUACUUCCCCGAAUUUGGCUGCGACCAUGAACAGCGAACAAGAUGAAGCCAUUGGGGGCUGACAAGAGCCUGCGGGACCCUAGAACAGGUUACAUUGCACAAUGGAGAUGAUGCAAAUUUAGCCUCUACAUAUCCCACCAUGAACAACAGCCUGGUCCCGGAUCUGUAUGGUGGGCCCACGUCCCCAACUAAUACCACCCACCUCACUGAACAUAAGAUCUCAGUGUUCUUCAGCAUCGUUUUCAUGACCGUGGGAAUUACAUCCAACAGCCUCGCUAUAGCAAUACUCAUGAAAGCCUACCAAAGAUUUAGGAAAAAAUCCAAGGCCUCGUUUUUGUUGUUCGCCAGCGGCUUGGUCAUCACGGACCUCUUUGGCCACCUCAUUAAUGGAGCCAUAGCUGUGUAUGUCUAUGCAUCAGAUAGGAACUGGUCAAAAUUCGACCACGCCGAUGUUCUUUGCAGUAUCUUUGGCAUGUGCAUGGUGUUCUUUGGACUGUGUCCGCUGUUGCUUGGGAGCGUCAUGGCUGUGGAACGGUGUGUUGGAGUCACUGAGCCAAUCUUUCAUUCUACCACCAUGACAUCAAGGCAUGCCAAAAUCAUCUUGACUCUUGUUUGGCUGUUUGCCAUCCUGGUGGCGUUGCUGCCAAUAUUGACUUUGAGAUCUUAUCACAUCCAGGCCACUAAGACGUGGUGCUUUCUAAAGACGGAGCAGAUUGAAACCUGGAUGGAUCAGUUUCAUCUUCUGCUGUUUUCAUCUCUGGGGUUCUUGUCUCUGGCCAUCUCUUUCUUAUGCAAUGCAAUGACUGGAAUAACAUUACUGAAAUCUAGGUUGAAAAGCCAGCAGCACAGACAAGGCAGAUCGCACCACAUAGAGAUGAUAGUCCAACUCCUGGCCAUCAUGUGUGUCUCUUGUAUUUGCUGGACUCCGUUCUUGUUCACAAUGGCCAACAUUGGAUUAAAGAGAUAUGGUUCCCAAUCCCAAGAGACUAAUCGGACAAUUCUUUUCGCCCUUCGAAUGGCCACGUGGAAUCAAAUACUUGACCCAUGGGUGUACAUCCUCUUGCGGAAGACAGUCCUCAAAAAACUGUUCAGGAUUGCCAGCCGUUGUUGUGGGGUGGAAUUUAUCGAUUUACAUGCUUGGGAAUUCAGCUCCAUCAAGAAUUCUCUGAAAGUUGCCACCAUAUCAGACUCCCCAAGCUGCACACGAACAAACACAUUCAGCAUCUCCCAAAAAUCUGAUACAGAACAAAAAUGUGAACUCAUUGAAACAAAAUAAGCCAUUUUUAAGGGACAAUCUGAUUCUGCUAUUGGCUGGUGUUGUAUAAUAUGAGCAGUGAGGUGAUGCAUCGUUCAUUGAUGAUGAAACUAGUCCAUCCAUGGUAGCUGAGUGAUAUCUCACCGGAGAUAGACAAGACAAUAUCAGUACCAAAUAAAUUGUUUAUUUGUCUUACAGUAUUGUAUGUCAAACAACAGUAUCCUAAAAUGGGUCACGUGAAAGACAGUUACUUAUAGUAAAUAAUUACUAGAAAGACGAAUAUCAUAGUUUGUCUAAUCAGAAGCCUAGAAAGGGUCAAACAGCAAGAAUAUCAGAUGGCCUGAUUCAAUUUAUCCCCUUUGGUUACUCUUUAGCAGGUUGUAUCUAGGAUAGGGUGACCAGACAUCCCUGGUUUCCGGGGGCAGUCCCUGGAUUGAGGACACUGUCCCCAGACCAAGUCUAUC